GACUCUACACACUUUACAAUCCGUUUUGCCCCUUACACAAUCGCAGAAACCCUGCUGAAGCUCAAGUCGUCUAUCAAAAUGGCUGAAAACGAAGUGCCCAAGGAAGCUCAGCCUGCUCAGAAGAUUACUCUCACCGAGCGCGAGCAGGAGUUUCUCGCCCAGGCCUGGACCUGCAUGAAAACUACGCCAGAGAUUGACUACAAUCGCCUCGCCGAAACCCUGGGCAUGACGAACCCCCGCUCUGCCGCCAACGCAUGGUCGGCCAUCAAGAAGAAGCUGUUCACCGGAACUCCCCCUCCCACUCCCUCCAAGGGUGGCGACUCCGAGAAGAAGCGGAAGCGGGCCACUCCCAAGAAAGCUGCCGCCGGUGCCGCUGCUGCUGCUGCUGGAGGCGAUGGUGCCGACGACGGUCAGAGCGUUGCGACUCCCACCAAGAAGCAGCGUUCGCCUCGCAAGAAGGCCACGCCGGCCACUUCGGCUCCCGUCAAGGAUCAGGCGGAGGGCGAGAACCAGGCUGCCAAGUCGGAGGAGACUAACACCGAGCCCGAGUUUUAGGGACUUGUCGUCGGCAAAGAGGAGCAGUGGGAUACAGUGUCUCUCUCGUAUAGAUGGAUGGACUUGUGAUUACUGCUCUCUUCCUACACCUAUUUGCUUUUUUUCUCUCUUCCUCUGGCUUGUGAACAGUGAAACGGCCUCUAGGAUCGGCAGGAUCAUCUCAGAAAUAGUGGCUUGAGCCCCAACCGAAUAGGCGAAUACAGUC